AUGAAAUGUCAAACCAAUUGUUAGUAAACACUGUUUAGUGAGUGAAUUGUGGACUAAAUAGUGAAUCCAUUCAGUGAUCCAUUCAGUGAUCACUCAUUCAGACCAUUGUCUCAAUCCAUGUGUCCAUUCAUUUGACCGCUGAUUAUGUCUUGAAGCGGAUCCCAACAACGCGUUAAGAGGCCAGCGAUGGACAAACUGACGGUCAUAUCGGUGGCCCUAUUCCUCACGAGCGACAUAUUGGCCAUAAUAUCGCUAAUACUUCCGGAUUGGAUAGUGUCUGACGUGGGCGGUGACACCCGUUUCGGACUGUUGAGGUCGUGCGUAGCCAUCUAUGGCCGCAACCCCUACUGCUAUAGUCCUAAACUGCAGACCGAGUGGACGGUGACCCUGAUGUGUAUAAUGGGUGGAUGUGUUUGCGUGACAGUGACGGUCGUGCUCUUCAUUGUCUCCCAUUGGCACCAAUCGGUGGUGUCGUCCGCGCGUUGGUUCGGCUUCUCAGCGAUGGUUCACUUCUGUUUGGCGGCCGUUGUCUUCCCCAUGGGAUUCACUGUCGACGCCAUCGGCGGUCAGCCCUACCAACUGCCCAGUUCUCAUCAGGUCGGCAUUUCGUACAUAUUUUUCGUUCUCUCGCUUUGGAUUACAGUGAUAUCUGAGUUAUUUGCGGGCAAAGUAUGUAUGCCUCACUUCUAGCCAUACAGACGUACUCCCAAUCGCUCACUAAGCCAUCAAUGGUCUCAUGUAUUCUUCAUCUCCCAUACCAUUCACAUAAUCACAGCAAACGUUCAAAAG